AUGACACAUCUGCUUCUACCAAAUGGAUAUCAGGCGCUUGGACCGAGUCGUAGAAAUACGGCUGGUGCUAUCGUGUUGGAGAAGCUCUUAUGGCUUUUCUCGAUCAGAAAUGUCGCUUUUAUGAUGUUUUUGAGUAUCUACACGAUAUUCAUAUUGCUGUUGCGGGGCGGACUUCCAUUCGAAGAGUCGCAAUUGCGUCGUGGAGCGAGGAAUGUUAUUAUCAGGGACAUUCACGAUGACUAUGAUGUUGGCUGUAACGGAUAUUCUAUGGACUACCGGAUAAAAGAGCAACAACGAAUCCUCCAAAGUGUUCGCAGUGAACUGAUUGACUCAUCUGCUAAACUCAAAGAGGUCAAUGUUGUUUAUGAGGAGCUCAAUAAGAAGAUCCCUGAGAAACAAUUAGAACUGAGCGCUGUACUGGACGAGAUCGAGAGUGCGAGACGAACACUGAAGGAGCUUCGGGAUCAGCGUAAUGUGCGGAUUUUUCUUCCACAUAGGCCUUUGUACCCAAACGUCAUUGAGGUCUCGAACUCAUUUCAUGCUUCUCCUUUGAACUCAUUGCCCCUUUCAUGGGAGACUGCCAUUGAUUAUAGUCGCUGCUCCAUAACCUCUUUUAUGCCUUUGUACAUAUACCCGUUAUUGAAACCAAAUGCUCAACUAGAAGAAUUCAUGACCGAACUCCUUUCACAAGGGAAUAUUGUUUCGAAUCCAAGUAUAGCAUGUUUAUUGGGCCUCUUGACUACGAUUAUUUCUCGAAGUCCCUAUUCUAUAAUGCCUCUUCUUGGCACAGUUAAGAUCUAA